UCCGCAGCGCUAAUUACUUUUUCCAAAGGCUGCAGGGCUUCACUCCGGCUGGCGUCGCCGCCUCGCGCGCCCCAGCUCUGCCACUACGGUCCUGGGGGCUGCUGGUCCCGAGUACCAUGUGUGACGGCGCCCUGCUGCCCCCUCUCGUCCUGUCCUUGCUGCUGCUGCUGGUGUGGGGGCUGGACCCGGGCACAGCUGUCGGCGACGCGGCGGCCGACGUGGAGGUGGUGCUCCCGAGGCGACUGCGCCCCGACGACGUGCACCUGCAGCUGCUACCGGGAGUAGCGGGGCUCCGGCAGUGGCGGCGACAGCGAGCAUCUCUAGGUGGCCUUCGCGCCGGGCCAGGAGAGCGCGCCCUGCUGCUGCACCUGCCGGCCUUUGGGCGCGACCUGUACCUGCAGCUGCGCCGCGACCUGCGCUUCCUGUCCCCGGGCUUCGAGGUGGAGGAGGCGGGUACCGCGGAGAGCAGCGGACACCCUGCCGAGCUGUGCUACUUCUCCGGACGAGUUCUGGGCCACCCGGGCUCCCUCGUCUCCCUCAGCGCCUGCGGCGCCUCCGGCGGCCUGGUUGGCCUCAUCCAGCUCGAGCAGGAGCAGGUCUUCAUCCAGCCCCUCAACAACUCGGGAGGCCCAUUCAGUGGAAGAGAGCACCUUGUCAGGCGCAAAUGGUCCUCUGCCCCCAGCCCAGCUACCGAAGUCGAGGAACCCAGGCAGCCCUGCAAAGUCGUGACAGAAAAGAAGCCCAGGAAGGACAAGCCGUCACGGGACUGGAGGGAGCGGAGGAAUGCCAUCAGGCUCACCAACGAGCACACGGUGGAGACCCUGGUGGUGGCUGAUGCCAACAUGGUGCAGUAUCACGGGGCAGAGGCUGCGCAGAGGUUCAUCCUCACUGUCAUGAACAUGGUAUACAACAUGUUUCAGCACCAGAGCCUUGGAAUUAAAAUUAAUAUUCAAGUCACCAAGCUGGUCCUUCUGCGACAACGCCCGGCCAAGUUAUCCAUCGGGCACCAUGGUGAACGGUCCCUGGAGAGCUUCUGUCACUGGCAGAAUGAGGAGUAUGGGGGUGCACGGUACCUUGGCAAUAACCAAGUACCAGGAGGGAAGGAUGACUCGCCUCCUGUGGAUGCUGCUGUGUUUGUGACCAGGACAGAUUUCUGCGUUCACAAGGAUGAGCCGUGUGACACUGUUGGAAUUGCUUACUUAGGAGGCGUGUGCAGUGCUAAGAGGAAAUGUGUGCUUGCCGAAGACAAUGGUCUCAAUUUGGCCUUUACCAUCGCCCAUGAGCUGGGCCACAACCUGGGAAUGAACCACGACGAUGACCACUCGUCUUGUGCUGGCCGGUCGCACAUCAUGUCGGGAGAGUGGGUGAAAGGUCGAAACCCUAGCGAUCUCUCUUGGUCGUCCUGUAGUCGAGAUGACCUCGAGAACUUUCUCAAAUCCAAAGUCAGUACCUGCUUACUGAUCACUGACCCCAGGAGUCAGCAUGCACUGCGCCUUCCACACAAGCUGCCCGGCAUGCACUACAGCGCCAAUGAGCAGUGCCAGAUUCUGUUUGGCACCAAUGCUACCUUCUGCAGGAACAUGGAGCAUCUGAUGUGUGCUGGGCUGUGGUGUCUGGUAGAGGGAGAUACGUCCUGCAAGACCAAGCUGGACCCUCCUCUGGAUGGCACCGAGUGUGGGGCGGACAAGUGGUGUCGGGCUGGGGAGUGCGUGAGCAAGACACCCAUCCCUGAACAUGUGGACGGGGACUGGAGCCCGUGGGGCACCUGGAGCAUGUGCAGCCGAACAUGUGGGACAGGAGCGCGAUUCCGGCAGAGGAAAUGUGACAACCCCCCCCCUGGGCCUGGAGGCACACACUGCCAGGGUGCCAGCGUAGAACAUGCCGCCUGUGAGAACCUGCCCUGCCCCAAGGGUGUGCCCAGCUUCCGGGACCAGCAGUGCCAAGCCCAUGACCGACUGAGCAGCAAGAAGAGGGGCCUGUUGACAGCAGUGGUGGUCGAUGAUAAGCCGUGUGAACUCUACUGCUCGCCUCUCGGGAAGGAGUCCCCCCUGCUGGUGGCUGACAGGGUCCUGGAUGGCACGCCCUGUGGGCCCUACGAGACUGACCUCUGCGUGUACAGCAGAUGCCAGAAAAUCGGCUGUGAUGGCAUCAUCGGGUCUGCAGCCAAAGAAGACAGGUGUGGCGUCUGCAGCGGGGAUGGCAAGACCUGUCGUGUGGUGAAGGGUGACUUCAGCCACUCCCGGGGGACAGGUUAUAUCGAAGCUGCUGUCAUUCCGGCCGGAGCUCGGAGGAUCCGCGUGGUAGAAGACAAACCUGCUCACAGUUUCCUGGCUCUCAAAGACUCCAGUAAGAGGUCCAUCAACAGUGACUGGAAGAUAGAGCUCCCGGGAGAGUUCCAGAUUGCAGGUACGACCGUUCGCUAUGUGAGAAGAGGCCUAUGGGAGAAGUUUUCAGCCAAGGGACCCACCACGGUGCCACUGCAUCUGAUGGUGCUGCUGUUUCACGACCAGAAUUAUGGAAUUCAUUACGAAUACACCAUACCUGUAAACCAGAGCACUGAAAAUCAGAGUGAGCCCGCCAAGCCACAGGACGCUCUGUUUCUCUGGACCCACAGUGGUUGGGAAGGGUGCAGUGUGCAGUGUGGAGGAGGAGAACGCAGGACCAUCGUAUCGUGCACGCGGAUUGUUAACAAGACCACUACCCUGGUGAAUGACAGUGACUGCCCCCAAGCAAGCCGCCCUGAGCCCCAGGUCCGAAGGUGCAACUCUCACCCGUGCCAGUCCCGGUGGGUGGCCGGUCAGUGGAGCCCCUGUUCAGCAACCUGUGAGAAGGGCGUCCAACAUCGGGAGGUGACUUGCGUAUACCAGCUACAGAACGGGACACAUGUCACUACUCGGCCCCUCUACUGCUCAGAACCCCGGCCGACCCCAGUACAGAGCUGUGAAGGCCAGGACUGCCUGUCUAUCUGGGAGGCAUCAGAGUGGUCAGAGUGCUCUGCCAACUGUGGCAAAGGGACCCAGAAGCGAACUGUGACUUGCACCAACUCUCAAGGGAAAUGCGACGCAUCCACAAGGCCGAAAGCAGAGGAGGCGUGUGAGGACUACUCCAGCUGCUAUGAGUGGAAAACCGGGGGCUGGUCUAAGUGCUCAUCCACCUGCGGGAAGGGGCUCCAGUCCCGUGUGGUACAGUGCAUGCACAAGGUAACUGGACGCCAUGGCAAUGAGUGCCCCACUCUGUCCAAGCCAGCAGCCUACAGACAGUGCCACCAGGAGGUCUGCAAUGACAAGAUUAAUGUGAACACCAUCACCUCCCCUCGCCUUGCUGCUCUGACCUACAAAUGCACACGAGACCAGUGGACAGUGUACUGCCGGGUCAUCCGAGAGAAGAACCUCUGCCAGGACAUGCGGUGGUACCAGCGCUGCUGCCAGACCUGUAGGGACUUCUAUGCAAAUAAGAUGCGCCAGCCGUCCUUUCCACCAAGCUCAUGACAUAUAGCACGGUGCUUGCUCAGUUCUCCGACUCAAGAUCUGAGGUCUGGCAGUUAGUGAGUGGAGAGCCCUCACCCCACCCAAAAGCACACCAGCCCUGCAGCCAGGACCCCCAAAGCACUGCUCUGCGCCUGCAGUAAGGCUGCCUCGAGAAUACAGUUGCAUAGAGCUAGAGAGUGAACUUGGCAUUGCCAUUCGUCCUGAACGUAAUAUACUGUUAACGGCCACUGGAUGGCUUCCUAAGGAAAAACUACACAAGAGUCACAAAAGAAUUUUAACUUCCAAGAUCUUAUGUACCUCAAAUGGGCUCCUCUGGCAGAUAAUUAUUGAGAGAGAGAGAGAGAGAGAGAGAGAGAGAGAGAGAGAGAGAGAGAGA